ACAGCUAAGUGGUCCGAUCAACAAUUUUAGUACUUUACAGUUUACAAACCCCCAAAAAUCCCUAACUUUUCAUUGAAGGCCUCGCCAUUUUCCGCCGGACCACUCUAAUCUAAUGGCCUCUCACCACCACCAUUACCACCACCACAACCAGAACACCCAUUCCUCCUCCGCCUCCGCCGCCGUAUGCUGCUCUGGCUGCGGCUGCGGCUGCGGCUGCGCAGCCCCUCUGCAGUCCCCCCCAACAGAGCCUCUUCUCCAAGCCCUCGCCGCUUACCUCCUCCAGCAACAAGUCCAACCUCCUCCGCCUCAACCCCACCUUUACUCUCACUGCCUUAAACCCCAAACCCACGCUCACCAUCAGUAUCAACAUCAACAUCAACAUCAACAUCAACAAAAGCAUCGUUUUCACCGAGAAGACCCCCAACACGCCCAUUCUUCCCUUGUCGCCGCCCUCGCCCGCCGCAUCGACUCCCUCGAAGCCUCUCUCCGCCAUCUCUCUUCUUCUCCCUCUCCUCCUUCUCCUUCGUCUUCUUCUUCUGCUUCUUCUUCUUCUUCUUCUUCUUCCGGUUUAUGUUAUCGACCGUCGUAUUCUCUCCGAGAUGCGGCAGCUCGGACGAUACAGACCCACUUCCGAGCCUUCCUUGUUCGCAGAUCGAGAGCUCUCAGGCAGCUCAAAGACCUUGCCUUCAUCAAGUCUACUCUCAACGCUCUCAAAUCUUCUGUUUCGGAUCAGACUCACCUCGAUUCAUCAGCUCUUAAGCACAAGGCCAUGGAUUUGCUCCUCCAACUCGACUCUAUUCAGGGCGGGGAUCCGAUGAUCAGGGAUGGGAAAAGGUCGAUUAGUAGAGAACUGGUUCGGUUUUUGGAGUUAGUUGAUGGGGUUUCUGUGAAAAGACGCGAACUUCCCGCCAAAGUUGUGAAGAACAUGAGAUUGGCUCAAAACGGCAGGAAAUCUAGGGUUUUGGUGGAGAAAUUAAGGGAACCAAGCAAACAGAUUCGAGGAUUUUCUAGGGUUUGUGAAAAUGAUGAUGAAGAUGUGGAGCUCGAAGGGUUUCACCAUGCAAGUGAUGACGAAGAAAACCCUGGCGUUGUCGUUAACAGAACGCAUGGGACUCUGGUAAAAAGAUCACGGCUUCAAGCCAAGGUAAAGAAAACUGUGAGCUUCGCAGAGAAUGGGGAUCUCUGUAGGGUUUUAACUAGCACUUAUGAGCCAAUUUCAAGUGGGGAUGUUGCCGGCAUUGAUGAUGAGAGAGAGCUUGCAGAAAAUCUUUGCAGGGAGUUGGAAGAAACUACGGCUGUUUCAAGAGGUUCGGAGGAUGAUGAGGAAGCUCCCCAGAGCAGUGAUGGUGAAAGAAACCGUAGAAGAAAUCUGAGAAGUGGAAGCAAUUAUGAAAUUAGAGGGCAUUAUCAGGGUCCAAAAGAGAAUUUUGUGUUUUCUGCUCCUCUGCCUGUGAAGAUGGAGGAGUCCAGUGCUGAUUCGAUCAAUAAUAAGAGAAUAGCUCUGAAGAUGCGACAAGAAGGUGCCAUUAACCCUGUUUGAAUUUUUGUUCUGCAAAUUUUUAUGGGUAGUGGAUGGAAAUUGAGUUUUCUGUUCCUCAAUUUUUUUUUUCUUUUCUUUCUUUCUCUCUCUUUGGGCGUCUGAGAAUAAGGUUUUGUUUGAUGUAGAUGUGUUUGUGAACUGAGAGAGGGGGAACGAGGAAGAUGGGGGAUUAUGAGUGUUGUGAUUCUUGUGAAUGCAGUCUUCCCCUUGAAUUUGUAAGGCUAUUUAUGGCCAUUGAAUGAUAAGUCACAACAAUGAACAUUGUUAUCAA